AUGGCCAUCAACACGCAUCGGGAGCAUUUUGCUAUGCUUGAAUCUGUCGUCUUCUUCGCCCCCUCAAUCACGCCUGCCGCCCCCACCGAUUCUGGACACGUCUCGUCAUGCGGAAUAUCAGUAUGGAGCCUCCCAUUCGCGCGACCUUUUGUUCACGUACGCGCGCACACUAGCAGGGUACAGGGUGCUUGCAUGUGCGACACGUACCUUUUGUUUUGUUCCAAGUGCAACAAGUGAGCAUCUGGUGGAGCUUGAUUGGUGAAUCGAAAACGCGGUGGUUUAUUUUUGGUUUCGCUCACUCACUCCGCACUCGAGUGCGGUGAUAUUGAUAGCACUAUGCCCAGCGACAGCUGCGUACCUAUCGCACACAAACAGUACCAAGCCGUAUUCGUGCUUUGAACGAGUAUUUCUCCUAGUUGCGGAAGCGGAAGAGAGACCUCAAUUCCAAACGUCAUGGCGAUGCAGUGCAUUGUGCUUGUCCUCCGACAUCAGCAGUCAGCCUUGUACUAAGCGUCCCGCAAUCCCUGAGUGUGCAUGGGUUUUGCUGUUUCAGAGUGACGAACAGCGCACACGUGCGUGCCUUGUUCCCAGGGCACGGAGGGCUAGAUUGCGAUUGGUUGGGGGGUGGCGAAUGGUGGCAGACUCCGAUUACCGUCCGCAGUGACUCUGGUCGUCGGCUCAGAGGUGGUACGAGGGACUGCUCGUUUCGAGUAAAUACUCUGCAACGUUGCUUUACUUCUCAUACCUUUGUCCGAUUGCGUGAUGCCUCUUUUGAG